AUGGCAAAAACCUACGAUUAUUUAUUCAAGUUAUUAUUAAUCGGUGACUCAGGGGUAGGGAAAACUUGUAUUCUAUUUAGGUUUUCGGAAGACGCUUUCAAUACAACAUUUAUUUCCACAAUAGGUAUUGAUUUUAAAAUCAGGACAAUAGACUUAGAUGGGAAAAAAAUUAAAUUACAAAUAUGGGACACGGCAGGACAAGAGAGGUUUCGAACAAUAACCACAGCCUACUAUCGCGGCGCUAUGGGCAUAAUGUUAGUCUACGACAUAACGAACGAGAAAAGCUUCGAAAACAUCAAAAACUGGAUAAGGAACAUCGAAGAAAACGCGUCGGCCGACGUGGAAAAGAUGCUGCUCGGCAACAAAUGCGAACUGGAAGAAAAGAGGCAGGUGUCGAAGGAGAGAGGCGAACAGCUCGCCAUAGAAUACGGAAUUAAGUUCAUAGAGACGAGCGCCAAGGCCAGCAUCCGAGUGGAGGAAGCAUUUUACACGUUAGCUAGGGAUAUUAAGGCUAAAAUGGAAAAGAAAUUGGUAAGUAAACUCUAUACACCACGAGGCGGUCAUCAACUCAAAGCGUCCGAACUCCAAAAGAAACCGACCAGCUGGCUGUCAAGAUGCACCAUCCUCUGA